CCCUGUGUUGUGAGGGGCAUCCGAUCCUGCCUGUGCCCCAGUCACCACGCUGCUGCCAUGUACACCAUAACCCGAGGGCCCAGCAAGCUAACGACCCAGAGGAGAACAGGCCCCAAGCAACAGAUUGACAGCAAACUGCAGGAACUGAAGAACAAACAACAGCUUCUCAUCCCCAAUACAUCCAACGGCUGGGACUCCCUCCCAAGCAAUGCACCUCCAAAACUCGUAUUUAACCGUGUAAAUGGUAAGAGGAGCCAGACGCCAGGCCCUGAACUAGAAAGAGAGGUGUACACACUGGCACACGAAGAGAACGUCCGAUUCAUAUAUCAAGCUUGGCAAGAUGUAAAACAUCAGAUGGAGGAGCCACAGCAGAGCAGAUGCACCCCCCAGCAAUAUCAAGAUCAGAGCCCCGACACCCACCUCAAAAAUUUUGUUCCUAUAGAUCUGGACGAGUGGUGGGCAGAGCGCUUCUUAGCCAACAUUGAGAACUGCGCUUGACGGCCAUUUUUAUUCCCUGUAGUGGGAUACGCAAAAGCUCGUCUUCCCCCCAUAGGAUGAUCGCGUCAUUGUUCACAGACUCAUUGCACUUUUUUUCCCCAAGUGGGAAGGCUAAGCUGUGCUCAGAAGAAGAAGAAGAAGAAGAAGAAGAAGGCACUACAGCGACAUUUACCCCUCUCCUGGUGCUGCUGAUUUCUCCAGUCUGUAUAAGCAGACGAGGAAGCAGAACCCAUCAUGUGCUGGCAUAGUAUCAGCAGCGGCAAGUUUCAGUCUCAGGAGCCUGGAUUUCUAUUGGUUGACUGACAUCGCACAACAUGACUUGGUACUGGUUACCAUCAUGGAAGCCCAAUUAAUAUAUGGUACUUCCCCCCCCCAACAGGAUCUUAGUCCUGGAUUUCAAUCCAUGAGCAGCAGAAUACGCUGCCUUUAUGCAAUGGACUCAGAGCACUAAGCAGCAGUGAUGUAGGGGUGCAAUGAUUGGUACCAGAACUAAUGCACCCGCAGAGAUCCAUAUCUCUAACUCAGAGUGUGCCUCAGCCAACCAGAUGUUGCCCCAUGUCAGGUAGUUGUCUGGCUUGAGUGAGAAGAAAUUAGAUCUGGCCAACAAAUGAAGUCCAGGAAAACUCUCCUUCCGUCCCCCCUUUUUUAUGGGAGGGUUCUGUACAGAGUGGGAAAUGUCUAUUUUUCUAAAUAAAGUUGGUUUUUGCCUCACA